GCCCCGCCGGGCCCUACCUUGGCGGCCUCAGAGGAGCCGAGGGACCAGGGGGCUGACGGCGUGCGCCCAGGGCCAGGGCGCGGGGAGGUGCGCGGUGCCCUGGCCACCUGGGCAUGGGGACCCCGCGCCCCUUCCACGCCCCUCAGCCGCUCCUGUGCCUGCUCCAGCUCCUCCCGCUGCUGCUCAUGGCAGCCGGGCCGAGCCAGGUGUCCCGAGAGCAGCUGGUGUGGGCUGUGCUGGAGCAGUUCUGUCCGGCUGCCGCCACCCUCGCAGACCUCCCAGGUUCCUUCUCCUGCAACACCACCUGGGACCAGAUCGGGACGUGCUGGCCCCGGAGCGCGGCCGGCGCCCUGGUGGAGAGGCCGUGCCCCGAGUAUUUCAACGGCGUCCAGUACAACACGACAGGGAACGCCUACCGGCAGUGCUGGGAGAAUGGGACGUGGGCCUCGAGGAUCAACUACUCAGAGUGCGUGCCCAUUCUGGACGACACGCAGAGGAAAUAUGAACAGCACUACCGCAUUGCCCUCGUGAUCAACUACCUGGGGCACUGCGUCUCCAUGGCUGCGCUGGUGGCCGCCUUCCUGCUCUUCCUGGCCCUGCGGAGUAUCCGCUGCCUGAGGAAUGUGAUUCACUGGAACCUCGUCACCACCUUCAUCCUGCGCAACGUCAUGUGGUUCCUGCUGCAGCUCAUUGACCAUGAAGUGCACGAGAGCAAUGAGGUCUGGUGCCGCUGCGUCACCACCGUCUUCAACUACUUCGUGGUCACCAACUUCUUCUGGAUGUUCGUGGAAGGCUGCUACCUGCACACGGCCAUCGCCAUGGCCUACUCCACCGAGCGCCUGCGCCCCUGGCUCUUCCUCUUCAUCGGCUGGUGCAUCCCCUGCCCCAUCAUCAUGGCCUGGGCCAUGGGCAAACUCUACUACGAGGACAAACAGUGCUGGUUCGGCAAGGAGCCAGGGGACCUCGUGGACUUCAUCUACCAGGGCCCCAUCAUCCUCGUUCUCCUGAUCAACUUUGUGUUCCUGUUCAACAUCGUCAGGAUCCUGAUGACCAAGCUGCAGGCGUCCACUACGUCGGAGACGGUCCAGUAUAGGAAGGCGGUGAAGGCCACACUGGUCCUGCUGCCCCUGCUGGGCAGCACCUACAUGCUCUUCUUCAUCAACCCCGGGGACGACGGCCUGGCCCACAUCAUCUUCAUCUACUUCAACUCCUUCCUGCAGUCUUUCCAGGGCUUCUUCGUGUCUGUCUUCUACUGCUUCUUCAAUGGAGAGGUGCGCUCAGCCGUGCGGAAGAAGUGGCACCGCUGGCAAGACCACCACGCGCUGCGGGUGCCCGUGGCCCGGGCCAUGUCCAUCCCCACCUCGCCCACGAGGGUCAGCUUCCACAGCAUCAAGCAGACGGCGGCCGUGUGACUUCCCGCCCUGGCACAGCCUUGCAGCACACGGGGCCGGGGUGGGGGGACAGAAGAGAGGCCGCGCCAGGCGUGCAGAGGGUACAGGGGAGGGCGCAAGAGGGACCCCAGGAGUUGGGGACUUGUAGGAAGAACCAGUGUGUGUCUCCCUGUUUGCCCACACCAGCCUCUUGCACUGGGUGCUCGCAGUGGCUAAGGAAACUGAGGCCUGGAGCCAGAAGGACUUGCCCUAGUCUCACAGUUCGUCUGUGCACUCACGGGGUCCUCGGGACCACGUAGGGUGUAGACGCACCCACCAGCGUGGUGGUGGGACACAGGUGGGGUUUGAUACUGUGCCCUGCCUCCUGCCCCGUGUUCGCGGGCGCCCCCUGCUGGAGACUAUGGUCAAGGGCACAGCCACCACAGUCGGCCAGAAGCCAGGGCUGCCCCCCUUCCCCCAGCCAAGCACAGAUCCAGCCCUCAGCCCCGCCCCUUCCUUCCCCACAGAGGUCCCCUCUGGUGUUCAGUUCGUGUCUCUUCCUGCAUGUUUUCAAGUUGGCCUCUAAUGUUUGUACAUACGUUUUAAUAUGUGCCCGGGUUGUGAGAUCUGGUAUUUGACAAAUUUACAUUUCAAAAUAAAAACUGCCACAACACUUUAAGAUACAUUGCACAGAAUCCAAAUACAGAGCUGAUUUAAUACCCAGAGGCAUGCAUUUUUUAAGCGUACAACCAGGGGGCGGGUACAGUGGAGAGGGGGUUUGCUUUGCACAUGGGCAGUCCACGUUUGAUCCCCAGCAUCCCACAUGGUCCCCUGAGCCCCACCAGGAGUGAUCCCUGAGUGCAGAAUCAGGAGUUAGCCCUGAGCAUUGCUGGGUGUGUCUCCACGCCCCCACCCCUCAAACUGUUCAGAACAUACAACCAGCUUUUUCAAGUGUUUCUUGUUGAACUUGGAUCU